AUAAACUUGUUCACCUCCUUUGCCCUACUCACACUACUAAUCCUAACUGCCCCUAUUAUAAUAUCCAACACAAGCCUCUACAAAAACAACAACUACCAGCUUUAUGUAAAAAAUAUCGUUCUCUGUGCUUUCACCAUCAGCCUAAUCCCAAUGACAAUAUACCUCCACACUAACCAAGAAGCACUCAUCUCAAACUGACACUGAAUCACCAUCCAAACCUUUAAACUAACACUCAGCUUUAAAAUAGACUAUUUCUCACUUAUAUUCAUGCCUGUAGCACUAUUCAUCACCUGAUCCAUCAUAGAGUUCUCAAUAUGAUACAUGCACUCCGACCCUAACAUUAAUCAAUUCUUCAAAUAUCUACUCCUUUUCCUCAUCACCAUACUAAUUCUUGUCACAGCCAACAACCUCUUCCAACUUUUCAUUGGGUGAGAGGGGGUAGGAAUUAUAUCUUUCCUCCUCAUUGGGUGAUGGUUUGGACGAACAGACGCAAAUACAGCCGCUCUCCAGGCAAUCCUAUACAACCGCAUCGGAGACAUCGGAUUUCUCGUAUCAAUAGCAUGAUUCCUCUCCAACACAAACACGUGAGACUUACAACAAAUCUUUGCACUUAACCAAAACACCCCAAAUCUCCCUCUUAUAGGACUAGUAUUGGCCGCAGCUGGAAAAUCAGCUCAAUUUGGACUUCACCCCUGACUUCCCUCAGCAAUAGAAGGCCCCACUCCAGUUUCAGCCCUACUCCACUCAAGCACAAUAGUCGUAGCAGGGAUUUUCCUACUUGUCCGCUUCUACCCCCUGAUAGAAAACAACAAACCCACCCAAACAUUAGCCCUCUCCUUAGGCGCCCUCACUACUCUAUUUACGGCCAUAUGCGCCCUCACCCAAAACGACAUCAAAAAAAUCAUUGCCUUCUCCACCUCUAGUCAACUCGGCUUAAUAAUAGUAACAAUCGGCCUCAACCAACCCUACUUAGCAUUUCUACAUAUUUGCACACAUGCUUUUUUUAAAGCCAUGCUAUUUUUAUGCUCCGGCUCCAUCAUCCAUAGUCUAAACAAUGAACAAGACAUUCGAAAGAUAGGAGGACUAUUCAAAGCCCUUCCCUUCACCACAACUGCCCUCAUCGUUGGCUGCCUCGCACUAACGGGGACACCAUUUCUCACCGGAUUUUACUCCAAAGAUCCCAUCAUCGAAGCUGCCACUUCCUCUUAUACAAACGCCUGAGCCCUACUAUUAACACUAAUUGCCACCUCCCUUACAGCUGUCUACAGCACCCGUAUCAUCUCCUUCGCACUGCUAGGACAACCCCGCUUCCCCCCUCACGCCUCCAUCAAUGAAAAUAACCCCUUACUAAUCAACCCUAUCAAGCGCUUACUGCUCGGAAGCCUCUUCGCCGGCUUCAUCCUAUCCAACAGUAUCCCCCCUAUAACCACCCCCCUAACAACCAUGCCCCCAUACCUAAAACUAACAGCCCUUGCAGUAACAAUCCUAGGCUUUAUCAUCGCACUCGAAAUCAACCUUAACACGCAAAACUUAAAGCACACUCACCCCUCAAACUAUACUAAAUUCUCCACCCUACUAGGAUACUUCCCCACAACCCUACACCGCCUACUCCCCGCCUUAAACCUAACAAUAGCCCAAAAACUAGCAACCUCUUCACUAGAUACGACCUGACUAGAAACAAUCCUACCCAAAACGACAGCCCUCAUCCAACUAAAAGCCUCCACACUAACUUCAAACCAACAAGGCCUUAUUAAAACAUACUUCUUAUCCUUCCUUACCACCAUCACCCUCUCUAUACUCCUACUUAACUACCCCGAGUAA